UGUGUGUGUGUGUGCGUGCGUGCGUGCGUGCGUGUGUGUGUUUGAGCAGCGGAGCACCGCCAUGUCUUACACCGCGGACGUUCACCGCUCACCGGCGUCGGUUCUCUGUACCGCUCAUUCUGUUAUGAUAAUAAUGAUGAUGAAGUAGAUGAUAUUAAAAUGUCUUGAGAAAGAGGAGUCCAUCAGAGAAGAUGACAGAUUAUCGGGAGGAUGGCAUGGACCUUGGCAGCGAUACUUCCAGUCACUCCAGUUCUGAGUCCAACUCCAACAAGGUGACGCCGUGUUCCGAAUACAAGUCCUCUCCCAGUCUGGAUCUGACCGCUCUGGAGGAUUAUGAGGAGGAUGAGGAGCAGAACAGGAGCAGAGUGCUGAUGGACUGGGACCGGGAAUACCUCCAACGACAGAACUUCAGGCGUGACACCAUCAACAGCCGUAGCCUGGCGGAGGAGCUGCAGACGUCCGCUCCGCCACUGGUGCCAGAGGAACUGAAACAGAACGGAAACGUGAUAGAGCCCCGUGACCACCGGCUGCCGCCCGACUCUCGUGAUAAUAAGACAUUCGAUGAGCCGAAGCGCCAGGUCGCUGUCACCGGGCUGGAAGAUGGAGGAUACAGAGAAGAAUGUGGGGAAGAAGACCAACUUCCUUCCAUGGACUGGGCGGCACUGGAGAGACACCUGGCAGGUCUUCAGUUCAGAGAACAACAGCAGAACCACAGACUGAGCCGGAUCUGCUCCACAAACGCGCAGAAGAAUGAGCGUGAAUCCAUCCGACAGAAGCUGGCACUGGGCACUUUCUUUGAUGAUGGGCCGGCCGUCUACACCAGCUGCAGUAAAAGUGGCAAACCCAGUCUGUCAUCACGGCUUCAGAGUGGCAUGAAUCUGCAGAUCUGUUUUGUUAAUGACAGCGGCAGUGAUAAAGACAGCGAUGCUGAUGAUAGCAGGACAGAGACCAGUCUGGACACACCGCUGUCGCCAAUGAGCAAACAGAGCUCAUCGUACUCGGACAGAGAUGCCACAGAAGAUGAUUGUGAGUCUCUGGAGGACAUGGACUUUCUGAGUCGACAGAAGAAGCUCCAGGCGGAGGCCAGACUGGCUCUAGCGAUGGCCAAACCCAUGGCCAAGAUGCAGGUGGAGGUGGAGAAACAGAACCGUAAGAAAUCUCCGGUGGCAGACCUGCUUCCUCACAUGCCACAUAUCAGUGAAUGUUUGAUGAAGAGGAGUUUAAAACCCACUGACCUCAGAGACAUGACCCUCGGCCAACUACAAGUCAUCGUCAAUGACCUUCACUCACAAAUCGAAGGUCUGAAUGAGGAGCUGGUGCAGCUGUUGUUAAUGCGAGAUGAGCUUCAGAUGGAACAGGACGCGAUGCUGGUGGACAUCGAGGACCUGACCAGGCAUGCUCAGAGUCAACAGAAACACAUGGUGGAGAAGAUGCCCUCCAAAUGAAAAGUCACUCAUCGCCACCGUCCACAGCCUCAGUGUAGAGCAGACCCGUUCCCUUUGCUUCCGUGCUUCAGGACAGCCGAUGAUCGCUCACGACGUCAGGCUCAUCACUGGAGAGCCCAUUUGAGUUCAGUAACUAAAUGACCUGGAGUCUCCGCUUUCUCAUACGUUCGCUUGAAUCUUUUACUUUGGCCACUGAAUUGUGUAAACCGUGGAAAAACCUAGAGAGAAAUUAAUGAUCUUAAUACUAAUAAAAUGAAAGAAAUAUUCUCUGAGGAAACCGACAGUAUUUAAACUAAACAAAGACCUCUUUCCCAUCGGGGGCUCAAGAGGAAUGUUGCCUGUCUUGUAGUCGACUCGUAGCUUUUGGUGACAUGGGUUCACUUCACUUCAUCUGCUGAAUCCAACAAGUGUGUGUUAAUAUCAUGGUGGUCAUUCUUAUUGUGUUCAGAUGCUUUAUUUGAGGGACAAAUGAUUAUGUACAGAUAUGUAUAAAAAAGACAAAUAAAACUUUGUUUCAUAGA